GAGUGGCACAGCAAAUCAAUGCUCGAAUUUAGUUUAGAUUUUCAACUUGAUGUGCGAGGACCUCAGAACUUGGCACGAUGGGUUUCCGAUUUUGCACGAUUUUCUUGGCCAUCAUCGUCGCAUCCUGGUCGCCAGCUCUGGGUGCUGAAACAGUUACCUUCCAAUGCUUGAGAGGAGAUUCGCCGAAGUGCAUCAUCCCAACUAUCAUUAUAACAGAUAAUACAGAUGAAGUGAUUUUACCCAACCUCAGCAACAAAACAAUGCUACAAAUCAAAAGUGGAAACAUCAGUAAUUUCGGCAAAACUAUUGGCUCUCAGCUCGGCAAUGUGGAAGUUCUCCACCUGGGAAUGUUGGGAAUCAAAGAGUUGCAACUUAAACCGCAACUAACUGAAGUGAGUGCAGAAAACAAUGAAAUUUCCCUAAUAGAUUUGGGCUCGGGUGAAGGUUACAAAACGAAGGUGCUACAUUUAGCGAAGAAUCGUUUAUCUAACUUAGAUGGCUUCGAGAAAUUGGUUCAUCUAGUUGAUCUGAAUCUAAUGGGGAAUCUUUUGAAAGAGAUUAAUCUGAAAACUUUUGAGAGUAUGACAUCGUUGAAAACCUUGAACCUGGCCGACAACCAGCUGACAACGAUUCUAGCUGAUAGCAAAAUAGCGCUGCCUGAAUUGGAUUUCCUCUCCCUGUCGGGAAACAAACUGCAAAAAUUGGACGUCCUUUAUUGGGAUUUCGAAUCGCUUACAACGUUGGACGUCAGCUCCAACCAGUUAAUUGAGAUCGCCUCAAUAGAGGACCAUUUUCCCAGUCUGUCCUAUAUCUCUUUGGCAGGAAAUUCCUGGUACUGCAUGUGGCUAGAAGAGCUGCUAGCAAAUUUCACAAAAAACUUCGUAGUCGUCAAAGAUCGCGAUCGGGAUUGUGAAGGAAUGUCGCCCUCUAACAUUUGCUGUAUAGCGGAGCUCGAUACGAACUCAUCCUACGAUGAAAGCUUCCAAAAGCUAGAUGAGUUGGAGAAAAAACAAUCCAAACUGGAGCUUAAUUUGCAGACUAAGAUUCAAGACUUCGAAAGUAGUCAAAACAGGAAACUGAACGAAGUCAAAACCCGCCUGGAAGAACUCAUGUCAACAGAUCUGAGUGAGAUACCGACCACGGCUUCCGAUAUUACGGAUAAAGCGGGCUUCGCGCAACUUAAGGGAAAGGUUGAGAACUUGCUACUAACUGUGGAAGACGAAGUUGCAAAGUUCGAGAAACGGAACAAGGAAAACAGUGACGCACAACGCAGAUUGGGAUUCGCAAUCGUCGACCUGAAACGUGCGCUGGGGGGGGGGAAACGAGGAAGAUGCAAGAACUUCAACAGCAAUUCACCAUGCUGAAGGAUUAUGCGCUUAAGAAUCUAUCGAAAAAGAACACAUUGUAAAAUUUUUCGCAAUAUUCGAUUCAAAUUUGUUGGGAAAAUAAAAAAAAAAUGCUUGUUCUAAUUGCUUCUUCUUUAUUAGCGCUUACUCUGGUAUACAAAAAUUGGAAAUUUAAAAAAAAAAUUUUUU